AUUAGCCAACAUGUUUUUAAACAGUGUCACAUGUCGACAAACAUUGUAACAAUACUCGGGCAUACAUUUUUAUAUUUUCGGUGAGAAAAAACUAAUAUUACGUAUUCGUUUGAUUAUGAUGAGUUUUUCAUGGUGGCCAUGGCGUGCACGCUAAACGAUUGUUAGAUGGAUCAUGAUGAGGAAACUGUUUAAUUCUUUAGAUUUUAUUGGAUUGUUUUUACAGUAUGUUUUUUUUUUUAAUAAAUAUAAACCUGUAGACUGCUGUCUUUCAUAUUCUAAGGAAGCUACAUUUUUAAUAGUGUUUUUUGAGUGGUGGGGGACAGAUAUGAUCAGAUGAUUGGAUUGCGAUCUGAGGUUUUUCUCCCUUCUGGCACCUUUGUCUUUUAUCUUGUACAAUAGACUGUGUCUUCACCGUGAUUCGGAUUUGACCUUUCACCUCCAAUGCCUGAGAGCACUGACAUAAAGUAUUAAUCCCCUGAAUUCUGGUGUCUGAUUACAAUUGCACCAACUGAUCUGAGCUAUGACCUCAGCAAUGGAUGAAAACUAGGUGUACGGGUAAUAUAUGCAUGGUAGGCGCCACAAUCUGUUAUUUAUAGUUGAAGAGCUAUAAAUAUCAGUCGUGUGUGAGUGCAAGGGUGUCCAACUACACUGCUGUCCGAGUCCCAGAAGGAGCACAGCCUGACUGAAGAGGAAACAGAUUGAGGAUUGCAAUACCUUGUUUGGCCAUACAUUAUAGUUAUCAACUGGACAAACAGAUGAACGCAGAUACAAAAGAUGACAUUUUUCAAUCCGAAGAUGACUCGGAUGAAGAUGUAACAACCCAAUCUAUAAUAGAGGAAAGUCUCAUUGAAUACAGAAAGCUCAAGGGACUGAGUCCAAGUCAUCUGAAUAGUACCGAAGACCCUGAUGAUAUAUUCAAAACGAUUGCUGAGGGUGAUGAGGAUGCACUCAAACGACUAACGGAACAACCAGAUAGACUUUCCAGAAUUAAUGAGCAUGGGUGGAUUCCUCUACAUGCAGCUGCAGUGCAGGAGAGUAAAUACAUACUCGAGAUCAUCUUUUCAGCUUCACCCUUUGGUGCUGCCCAGUGUCGCACAUUCAAGGGGGAGACACCAUUGUUUUUAGCUGUAGUUUAUGGCCGUCGACAGAACUCCACAUUCCUUUUACAGAAUGGCUGCAACCCCGAUAUCCAGGAUGAUGAGCAAGAUUCUCCAUUAAUGGCAGCUAUUCUAAAUGACCAGUAUGACCUGGCAACAUUAUUGCUUCACUACGACGCUCAAGUGGAUCAGCUCGGCCCGCUUGGAAGGACGGCACUGCAUGAGGCUGCCUUCCUUGGCUUGGAGAACUUUGUUUGUCUGCUCCUUGAGUCUGGUGCCAACCCAAAUGCAUGUGACAUCAAAAAGAAAACACCACUUGCUCUGGCGGCACAAAAUGGACAUCUAAACGUGAUGGAGCACUUGUUACAGAAAGGCGCAAAUGUUGAGUGCCAAUCAGAAUCUGGCAGUAUCUUGUUUGACGCAGCAGCAUCAGGAAACCCUGAUGUAAUAUCCUUGCUGCUGGACCAUGGAGCAGAUCCUAACUCGCCUUUUUACAGUGGCCAUCUGCCAAUUCACCAUGCGGCAUAUCAUGGUCACAUUCUAGCACUACAACGCCUCAUCCCAGUGACAAAACUGUGUGCAAUAAAGGAGAGUGGGAUGAGUCCUCUUCACUCUGCAGCUGCUGGAGGGCAUGCACAUUGCUUGGAGUUGCUGCUCAAAGCUGACUUUGACCCAAACCAAAUGUUACACCCGAGAGUGCGCCGCAACUAUGAUGAUGAACGCAAGUCUGCCCUUUUUUUCUCCGUGUCCAACAACGAUCUUCAGUGCACUCGCCUGUUGCUGCAGGCGGGGGCAAUGGUGAACCAGGACCCUAUCAGUUGUUUACAAGUGGCAAUGAGACAGGGCAACUAUGAGCUCAUUAAUACCUUGCUGAAGUUUGGGGCAAAUGUGAACUACUACUCUCGAGUCAACCCUACCCACUUUCCCUCAGCCCUGCAGGAUGCACUAAAAGACGAAGUCAUGCUGAGAAUGAUUUUGAACCACGGCUACGACGUCAAACGUUGUUUUGACUGCCCGUAUGGUGACGGUCGCCAUGACUCGGCUCCUUGGACAACAUCGGUUAUCAAAGAUAUGGUGUUCUGUGAGGUGAUAACAGUGUCUUGGCUCAAGCACUUAUCUGCUCAGGUGGUACGAAUCAUGCUCGACUACACCAACCAUGUCACCUUCUGCGCCAAAAUGAGGGAAGUCUUACAGGAGCAAAAGCAGUGGGCGCAGAUCUGCCAAAUCCAAAGAAAUGCACGAAGCUUGAAGCACCUGUGCCGGCUGCAGAUUCGAGAGCAUCUUAAUGGACUCCGUUUGAAAGCGUCUGUUUUCAUCAGUUACCUCCCUCUUCCGCCUAGACUGAAAGAGUACCUUCUUUACAAGGAGUUUGAUGUUUACAACAGGGGCAGUUUAGAUACAGUGUCUUCAGUCACAUGUCAUCAAGCUGACAGAGUAGUGCCACACCGCGUUUGAUCCAAUGCUGCGGGCGCUUGCCGGUGGGCAACAAUAUUGGAAUGACAAAAUUGGUGGAGUGUCCCGUUGUAGAGAGGAUGCCCCUCCUCUCGCUUGUCUUGUAGAGAGGAGAAACGUAGCGACGGUCAGAUUCAUCUGGGAUGUUUUUUGCUGCAGAUAAGAAAAAUAAGCAAAGAAAUUAUAAAAACAUACAGAUGAAGUAACAAUUGUCAAAAAAAUAUUGGUGAUUAUUAGGGCAAUGUAUUAAACACAUCUAAACGUAUACUCACUUGGUUUGAUCCAGAUAAUGGGCACUGUGUCAAAUAGGAUUUUGGGGUACUGCUCUGCUAAAAUCCCACUGAUGAUAGAAACAACACAAUUAUACUUUUUAGACUGCUUCUCAA